CCAAGUCCGCCGGCUGCCCCCUCCACUUGGUUACCGUUGCUGUCCACCUUAGGCGUAGAUUUUCUCUGCUCUGGAUAGUACUUUCUAAAAGCUUUGUUUUUUACUUGUCUCCCCAUCUUGGGUCGUGUAAAGCUUUUCUGCUACUGGUUUUGCUUAGCUUGGUUCUGUUCUAUGGAGGAGCUUGGUUCUGAUUCUGAUGUUCAAGUGGGUGUAGGUGAGGAUGAUGGUGAGGCUGAGGAAGUUCACAAGGGAACUGCUUUUGAAGCUCCCCUUGAAGCUAAACUUAGAGAACUGUUGCAAAAGAUUAACUCAAUGGAAAUUAAACUAUGCUCUCAUGCUGCAAAGGAGUUUAUCAGGUUGCUUAAAGGUGAUGCUGGAGGCGAAUUGCUUAAUCUGUAUGUGCAGACUUCUCCUAAGUUGUCAGAGCUUCUGGAUGCCUGGAAGCUACGACAAGGGAAACCUGGGAUAUCAUACAUAUUUUCAUUGAUUUCAGCUAUCCUGAGUCAUACUGAUGGGAAGUAUGUGCAGCUUGGUAAGGAAAGAACUGGUACCAGUAGGCAUCUUGACAAAUUUGCCCGAGGUGUUGUUGAUGAAAAGUUGGAUGACGUUUAUAAAGAGUUGAAUAGUAAAGAAGGGAAGCGCCAAAAUGCUGCAUUAUUGUUGCUGGCUUCGGUUGUUAGGCGUGGUUCAAGCUUAGCCUCUGAUGUUGCAAAGAAAUUUAAUUUCAAACUCCAGGGAUUCUGUCAGCUUGCUGAUUUUAAAAAGAAGCAGAAUGAAAAGAAAAAACAUUCGUCAAGAAAGUCCUUUGUGGGGUUUGCCAUGUCAUUUUUGGAGGUGGGGAAGCCAGGAUUGAUUAGGUGGAUCUUGCAACAGAAGGAAAUGUUCUCUGGUGUGCUUCGAGGGCUUGGAAAUGAUGAUGAUGAAACUAUUACGUAUAUUCUAACCACAUUGCGUGAUAGGGUUCUCACAGAAGAGUCAUUGGUGUCCCCAGGUCUUCGUAGUGUUCUUUUUGGUAGUGCUACUUUGGAGCAGCUGGUAAACAUUUGUGCAAAGGAAGAUAGUGCAUCCACUUCAGACUUGGCUUACAGUGUUCUAGUUAUGGUAUGUACUGAUCCUUGUAAUGGAUUGAUGCCUGAUCUGGGGAGGUACCCUAACCCAUUAAAAGGUAAUCCGAAGAGAUUACUGGGUCAUAUCUUAAUGAGUUUCCGUACAACCUUGAAGAUCAUGCAUCACCUAAUUGCAAAUUUGGUUUCCUCGGUGGGUGUGGGUCAUCCAUUCAGUUUCCUUGAUUCUAAGAUUCAUGACCCUCCUUCCUUUGAUAGUGAAGAUGUGCAGAGUAUCAUGAGCUGCAUAUGCCCUCGUCCAUUUAGCCGCUCUAUGAUCAAUAAGGGGUUACUUCACUCUGAUUUUCUUGUGAAGCAUGGAACAUUGCGGCUUCUUUGGGAAGUAUUGAAGUUGUUGGAUUCCUUCAUUGGUUCUUUGAGUCAGAACUCUCCUUCAGGCAAUCAGAUGCAGAAAGGCUGGACAUCCCUUCAUCAAGAAAUUCAGAAUGAGGUCCGCAUAAUGCUUCCUGAUGCCCAAGUUUUAUUGACACUACUUUCUUCACUUGGUAGCAACACUAAAACUCAUGAUUCAUGUUUAAAGAGAAAAGUGGAUUUGGAAAAUUUUUCAGAACAAAUCAGCAAAAAUUCUAAGAAAAUGAAAACAGUUAUUCCAAAAGAAGAUACGGACAUUAUUGUAUGUGGGAUAAGUUCUGCUCCUGACAUCACUUUGCCAGGAGACCUAACAGCUGCAGACACAGGAGUGAUGGAUGAGUCAGAUAGAGAAAAGGAAUUCUUGAAUGCUAUUUCAGAAAUUUGGGAUUCGGACCUGUGCUCCAACCCAUUCACCACACUAAAUGAUGCAGAUAUGUAUUUAUAUUCGAGGCUUCUUGAUGCUCUCAAAAUGUAUCUUCGGGCAAUGCCGACUAUAUUAGAGGGAUCCUUUGAUUUCUUCAUGAAUCUUCUGAGCAAUCCAUUAGCAUUAACCAGAGAUCUGCAGCUUUCACUUCUAUCUUUGCUAACUGAAUACAUUGGAUGGUCGUCGAGGAGUGAUAAUCCCAUUAAAACCCCACCAUUCAUGUACAAGCAUUUGCAGCCAUUUAUUCAUUUGUUGAUAUUUUCUCCAAAUAGUGACAUAAUGGAUCAAGCAUAUAAUCUUGCGGGAGCAGCUAUGUUAAGUACUGGUGCGUUUGACAGAAACCCAUAUGAAAUUGAUGCAUGGUUUUUGUUUUUGCCGGGUUAUGGAAGAAAUAAAUUGUCUCUCGAGGACAAAGAGUUAGAAGUGCUACAGAGCUUGUCUCCAGUUGUUAUCUCAUUCCUAUGUGAUGCCAUAUCUACCGUUGGGAAUAAUUUGUUCAAGUAUUGGGAUAUUGUCAGAAACUAUAUCUGCGGUUUGAAAGAUUUCAAAGGUUUAUCACUUGAUUUCAGCCCUCUUGUUAUAUGUGUCCUGCAGAAGUGUCUAAGGGUGCUGAAUUCUGAAUCUGGAACCUUUUCAUUAUUUGACAAGUCAAUGAUUUCAUUGUAUGUUUGCAAUACAUUAAAGUUUCUCUUACAAACUCAGGUAGAUGCAAGAUUAUUAUCAGCAUUGAUUGAGUCAAUUCUGUCUGAAGGACUUGGCAGUCGUUCUGUAGUUUCUGAUUCUGGGCAUUUCUUAUGUGAGUGGAGGCCUUUGAACAACUUCUUGUUGUUUUCACAAAGUGUUUUGCGUCAACAAACAUGUUGCCUUCUUCCUGUUGAUGUAAAAGCAAUGCCUGCUGACGGUUCUUUUUCAAAUAUGCUUGGUGAAGUGGAAAAUUUUCAAAGGAAUGAGCAUGAGGGUGAACUAACUGGAGUAGCUAAAGCCUUUUAUUCUGCAAUGUCAUGUGCAAGACCUGAUGAGGUAUUAAAUAAUUUUCCCUUGGCAAUUGCAAUUUCUCAGAAACUUCUUGGAGCUAUUGGCUUGCCGUUGUCUUCAAUAAUAUUUAGUGAGCAAAAUUUUAUGGCUUGUCUUUCUAUUUUAUGGCCCGAAGUCUUCUUACCUGGUCUAGAAAUGGCUUCAUCUAUGAUCUGUCAUGAGCCAAAUGAGGAUAAUGUCCACGAAAUUCUUCUUAACCAUUCUUUAUUUGCUGAUGAAAUGAUCUGUAACAUUGAUCCUGACAAGAUACAGACUGCUGCUGCCUCAUUUAGUUUGUUCUUGAAGGAGACACCCUUCCACAAGCUGUUUCCUGCAAUUAUAAACGUUGAUAUCCUUCAUCUAUUGCACUCCUCCAAACUACAGGAUUUCCUUUUGGCCAAACUUUCAGACAGGAGGAAAAGUUCUCUUAUUUCCCUUCUGCAGAAUCUGUCUUUUGUGCUCUUUUGGUUUUAUCAGCUACGAUUAUUAUAUAAAAGCAAAUCAUUAGCCGAACUUGAAGAUCUCUCUCAAAUUUGCUUGGUUCUUGUAAAACAAAUACUUUCUGAACUGUUGGCUUUAAAGCCUAAAAUUGAAUGUUCAGUGACUGUUGGGGUUCCUUUACCAGCAGAAACCAUAGGAAAAGUGGCAGAAACUAUCUUCUGUCAUCCAGCAGUGAUGUCAGUGCUCUCCUGCCCUUUGAAUUCUAAUGAGAAAUUGACAACAACAAGUUUUGAAGAUAAUCUGGAGACUUUUCUGAGUUUAUCUAGGCAGAGAGUUCAUAAACUAGAUCUCCAUGUUCUGGACAUGUUGGCUGCAACUUUGAACUACCUGCUGUCUCAAUCAAGUAGCAAGUACUUAGCACUUGAAGAUGGUGCAACAAACAUGGCACUGGCAAAGUCAUUCAGUGCUCUGGCACAAAGGAUAUUUCUAGAACUAAGGAACAAGUUUGAUCUUUGCAUUGCUAGUGAGGAUUUUCUCCCCCUCCUGCCAGCAUUUUAUACCAUACAUGCUUUGAUUCAGUUUAUAUCCCCCUUUGAGCUUCUUGAGGUAGUGCAUUGGAUUUUUGGUAGAGUCAAGUUGAAUGAAUUGGAUGUCAAGCAAUCUAGCAUGGUUACUGCUCUAUCUAUUGCAUUUUGCAUGGCUGAUGGUGCUUUUGAAAUGCUGUCGACUUAUCUCUGGCAACCUGUGGCAGAGAAAGCAUUUUAUGAUUUGUUAUGGGAAAUGACAGAGAAAACUUUUAAUGUGGACCUUAUUGAGGACAUAUGUGUUCAACUCUGCAAAUUUGCCUGUGAUUUCAAAUUGCAUUUUGCUGAUAUUUGUCUGCUGAAUGCUCUUAAUGCUCUGAAAGGACAAAAAGGUUUUCAUCUUUCUGAUCAUCUAUCAAGCAUUGUAAUUUCAAGGAUUUUAAUGAGCAUUCCCAUUCAAAUGGUUUCUCACUGCAUUUGUCAGACCAACAUGACAAAAGCCAAAUUAUUGCUUGUUCUUAUCGAACUCAGUCCCUUGCAUAUGUCAGUCUUUGGACAAGUAUUUGCAUGUAUUUCAAAUGGAAGGUCUAUUCCUCUGGGAAGUUUGAUGGAAGAUAUCACUGGCAUUUCUUUUUCGGAUGAGGACUUCAUGAUGCUUCUUCCUGCUGCUUUAUCAUAUGUAAAUGCUACUUUUUUGAAAUUUGGAAAGCACCAUUACAAGCACUUUGACAGCAUAGCUUCUUUUUACUCAAGAAUGCUAUUGAAUGGUUUCCUUCAUUGGAAGAGCUUUGUGUCUGGAUAUUUAUUUCAAGAGGAAUAUGGGAAGUUCUUCCCCUCAUCUGCUGAAGAACUUUUCAAUCUUAUUGAAGGAAGUCUGCUUGGAAAAGCAAUUUGUGUGUUGCGAUAUCACUUUUCCUUAAAUGGAGACUCAUUCAAAAUGAAAGAACGACUACAGCUUUUUAAUUCCAUAUUUCCAAGUUCAGCUGCACAUGAAGAGCUGCUUGACUGUGAUCUUAAUAAGAUGGAUUUUUGCUCAGUAAACCAGUCAUUGAACCUAAUUAAUAAAGUUGUUGCCAAAAUAUCAUUCUGUAGGAUGUUGUUGUUUGCAGAAGAUGAUAAGUCUCGGUCUUUUUCAAAAGAAGCAGAUGAAGGCUUGAAUACUUUCUCUGUAAAAACGGGGUCUAAUAAAGGGAACUCAUCAAGAAUGCGGUUUAUGAACAUUUUAGUUGGUACUUGGCAGUGGAUGGUUAAGAAAUUAUCUUCAGAUUGGGAUAGCUCUAUAUAUAAAACUGGAAAGGGUGAGGAUUGUUUGUGGUUGUGCAAAUGUCUGGAGGUUUUCAUCCUGAGAAGUAUUUAUGAACUGACUAUGAAGAUGCGCAGUCAUCUCGUCCAGUUGCAAUCUAUUCCAUUCCUUGAACAAUUGAUGAGAUCUGCUCUCCUCUAUAGGUUUGAAGAUCCCACAACAGUGAGAAUGCUAAGGCAUAUCCUAGCUUUGCUUUUCGAAGGGAAGUUUUCACACAUUCUGUUUCUUCAAUUGUUGCUUGCCCACUCUCAGUUUGCGCCUUUAAUUUGCUCUAUCUCUAAGUCAUAUAGCUCAGAGGCUGGUUCAUUUUUCAAGUCUAUGUCUAGCAUUCUGAGAUUUCUUGUUAUGCCUCAUCUUACUUCAGAUGCAAAUGAUGGAAAAGAUGGUAAGGAAGCAGCUGAAACUUAUGCAAAGCAGUUGGAAAUUGUUAAGUUACUCAGAACACUUUUCAAAUCCAGGUCUCUGAAUUCUGAUGUCAAUUCUAAAGAUGCUAUUGGCAUAAAUCUUAGAGAGUUGCAUUCAUUGCUUUUGUUUUCUUAUGGUGCAACUUUGAGUGAGAUUGACAUAGAGAUGUCCAAUCUGAUGAAUAAGAUUGAGUUAAUUGAUGAAUUCGAAUGUGAAAAAACUGCUGAAUUAGAUUACUUGUGGGGAAGUGCUGCUCUAAAGGUAAGGAAAGAACGUGCUCUGGAGCAGGAUACACCUGAUUGUGUCAUGACAGAUAGUGAGGCAGUUGAAGAGCAUCGAAGAAUUCAGUUCAGGGAGAACCUUCAAGUGGACCCCAAAGUAUGUGCAAUGACUGUCCUUUAUUUUCCCUAUGAGAGAACUUCUACUGGGGAUGGUGAUCCUCUAUCAUUAAAUGAACUUCAAACAGAUGACUUUAAGGACUUCAGCAAGCCACGUUUUGCUGAUGCUGGAAAUGUACAGAGAUAUGAUCCAAUUUUCAUGCUACGCUUCUCAAUUCACUGUUUGUCAUCCGGCUAUAUUGAGCCUGCAGAGUUUGCUGGUUUAGGCUUGCUUGCGAUAGCAUUUGUUAGCAUGUCUUCUCCAGAUCUUGUGAUGAGAAAAUUAGGUUAUGAAACUCUUGGAAGAUUCAAGAGUAACUUAGAGAAGUAUCAAAAGAAAAAGGAUUUAAUGCAUCUUCGCCUACUGUUGACAUACAUGCAAAACGGGAUUGAAGAGCCAUGGCAAAAGAUCCCUUCAGUUGUAGCUCUCUUUGCUGCAGAGGCAUCUCUUAUUUUGUUGGAUCCUUUGCAUGAUCAUUACACAGUCUUAAGUAAGCUUUUGACUCACUCUUCAAGGGUAAAUAUGAAGCAAAUACCCUUUUUCAAAGAGUUUUUCCAUAGUAGUUCCAUUAACUUCAGAAAGGAGAGGCUGUGGAUUCUCCGCUUAGCAUAUGUGGGGCUUAAUUUGGAUGAUGAUGCUCAGAUAUACAUAAAAAAUUCCAUUAUUGAGACGCUUAUGAGUUUUUACACUUCUUCUUAUUCUGAUAACGAAUUGAAGGAACUAAUUCUUGAGGUAGUGAAGAAAUCUGUUAAAUUGCCGAAAAUGGCUAAUUAUCUAGUCGAACAUUGUGGUCUCUUUUCAUGGUUAUCAUCUAUUCUCUCUGUCUAUAGCAAGGUGCUGUUUGAAGAUGAAAAGAAGUUUUUCUUAGCACGGUUGACUGUAGUUGUUGAGGUUGUCAGUGUUGUUAUUUCAUUGAGAAGCAUUACUGAAUGGUUGCAAAGAUUUGCCCUUGAGCAGCUGAUGGAACUUUCAUGUCAUCUGUAUAAGCUCUUACAGAGGAUGAACUUAGCAAAUGACAGUGUUGCUUUGGUUAAUCCAAUUCUUGAGAUACUGUCAUCAACAUUAACACUAUCACAGAAAAGGGAAAUGUGCCAACCUCAUUUUACUUUGGCACUUGAAGGUUUAAUUCUAAUUUAUCAGGCUGUUAAUGUGCAUAAUACUGCCAAAUUUAUUGCAAAUGCAGUGCUUGGGCUUAAAGCUAUUCUUAUGAGCAUGGCUCCAGUUGGCAUCUUUCACAUGAGCCAAGAAAAGGUCUCAAGUUUUCUUUCGUGGGCAAUUUCUACUGCACUAGUGUCAGAGCCUAAAACAAUGCUUCAAUGCAACUUAGAUGAUACACUUCAUCAAGAGUCUUUGACAUCAAAGCUUUUACACUGGCUUGUUGCUUUGGUAAUUCAUGGGAAGCUUUCUUGGAAACUCAAUGAUUUUAAUGCCAAGUUUUCAGAGGGAUCUAAGUCAAGAACUUUGGAGUCGCUGUUGGAAUGUGUUGAAAAAAGAAGUGAAGAAAUCAACAAAUUUGAUUGUGGUGAGAUAUUAGCUGCCAAUAUCUAUCAUCUCCAUCAAUAUCUUGGGGUAAAUUGCAGAUUUCUUCCAUCAGUUGUAUCUGCACUUUGUCUCCUGCUAUUUUCUGAUGACUCAAAUUUUGCAGGUAUGUUGCUUUAAUUACUUAAAUAACUUCUCUGUUUGCAUUGUGGAUCAGACUUUGUGCUUUCUCCUAGGACUUCAAUCAUUUCACUAUGCUCAAAGAUAUCUUGCCCUCCUGAAGUUGAUCCUGCUUGGAGAUGGUCAUUUUUUGAGCCAUGGAGAGAUCAUUCAUCCAAACUGACCGAUUUGCAGAAGAUAGAUGAAAUACAUGCUUGCCAAACUCUAUUGGCAAUGAUCCCAAAUGUGCUUGGUAAGAAACCAGUAGAUUUACAGGUGUUAUCCCAUCAAGAUGUAUAUAAAUGGGAAAGAAGUAUUGUAGAGACUAAAUGAUGUUCAAGCAACCUCAAUUCAUCUUGUAUGCUAUAUCAGUACAUCAUUGUUUUUCAAUUUAAUGAUAUGAAAUAUUCUGCAACAAAAGGAAGAUUGUUCC